UCUCGGGGCUGCCCAGCUGCUGGCGGCCGCGGCUCGGAGAAGGGCCCGGCUGGGCGAGCGCGCGCCAUGGCCCCGUGGCUGCAGCUUUGCUCCGUCUUCUUCACCGUCAACGCCUGUCUCAACGGCUCGCAGCUGGCCGUGGCCGCGGGUGGCUCCGGCCGCGCGAGGGGCGCCGACACCUGUGGCUGGAGGGGAGUGGGGCCAGCCAGCAGGAGCAGCAGGCUGCACAACAUCACCUUCAGAUAUGACAAUUGUACCACCUACUUGAAUCCGGUGGGGAAGCACGUGAUUGCUGAUGCCCAGAACAUCACCAUCAGCCAGUAUGCAUGCCAUGACCAAGUGGCAGUCACCAUUCUUUGGUCCCCGGGGGCCCUUGGCAUUGAAUUCCUAAAAGGAUUUCGGGUAACACUGGAGGAGCUGAAGUCGGAGGGAAGACAGUGCCAACAACUGAUUUUAAAGGAUCCGAAGCAGCUCAACAGUAGCUUCAAAGGAACUGGAAUGGAAUCUCAACCUUUCCUGAAUAUGAAAUUUGAAACGGAUUACUUUGUAAAGAUUGUCCCUUUCCCUUCCAUUAAAAACGAAAGCAAUUACCACCCAUUCUUCUUCAGAACCUGGGCCUGUGACCUGUUGUUACAGCCGGACAGCCUGGCCUGUAAACCCUUCUGGAAGCCUCGGAACCUGAACAUCACCCAGCACGGCUUGGACAUGCAGGUGUCCUUCGACCACGCACCGCACAACUUUGGCUUCCGUUUCUUCUAUCUUCACUACAAACUCAAGCAUGAAGGACCCUUCAAGCGAAAGACCUGUAAGCAGGAACAAAAUACAGAGACAACCAGCUGCCUCCUUCAAAAUGUUUCCCCAGGAGAUUAUAUAAUUGAGCUGGUAGAUGACACUAACACAACAAGAAAGGUGGUGCAUUAUGCUCUAAAACCAGCGCAUUCCCCAUGGGCCGGGCCCAUCAGAGCCGUGGCCAUCACCGUGCCGCUGGUUGUCUUAUCAGCAUUUGCGACGCUGUUCACUGUGAUGUGCCGCAAGAAGCAACAAGAAAAUAUAUAUUCACAUUUAGAUGAAGAGAGCUCUGAGUCCUCCACGUAUACUGCAGCAGUCCCCCGAGAGAGGCUCCGGCCUCGGCCAAAGGUCUUCCUCUGCUAUUCCAGUAAAGAUGGCCAGAAUCACAUCAAUGUUGUCCAGUGUUUUGCCUACUUCCUCCAGGACUUCUGCGGCUGUGAGGUGGCUCUGGAUCUUUGGGAAGACUUCAGUCUCUGCAGAGAAGGGCAGAGAGAAUGGGUCAUCCAGAAAAUCCACGAGUCCCAGUUCAUCAUUAUAGUGUGUUCCAAAGGCAUGAAAUACUUUGUGGACAAGAAGAACUACAAACACAAAGGAGGCAGCCUAGGUUCAGGGAAAGGGGAGCUCUUCCUAAUGGCGGUAUCUGCCAUUGCUGAAAAGCUCCGCCAAGCCAAGCAGAGUUCAUCUGCAGCACUCAGCAAGUUCAUCACUGUCUACUUUGAUUAUUCCUGUGAGGGAGACAUCCCCUGCAUUCUGGACCUCAGCACCAAAUACAAACUUAUGGACAACCUUCCCCAGCUCUGUUCCCACCUGCACUCGGGAGACUACAAUGUCCAGGAGCCUGGGCAGCACCCAGGACCUGGAAGUAGAAGGAACUACUUUCGGAGCAAGUCAGGCCGCUCUCUGUAUGUUGCUAUAUGUAACAUGCACCAGUUUAUUGAUGAGGAACCUGAUUGGUUUGAAAAGCAGUUUGUACCCUUCCAUCCUCCUGCACUGCGCUAUCGAGAGCCAGUCCUAGAGAAGUUUGACUCAGGCUUAGUUUUAAACGAUGUCAUUGGCAAACCAGGGCCAGAGGGUGAUUUCUGCCUAAAGGCUGAGGCUGCUGUUCUUGGGGCCACAGUGUCUGGAGACUCUCACCCACAGCCAGAGAGUCCGCCUGGCGGCUUGGACCAGGAUGCUGAGGUCCAGGCACCCCAUGAUGGGGUCUCUGCCCUGCAGCCCCUGCUACUUACAGUGAAAGCUGGCGGCCCUUCGGACAUGCCAAGGGACUCGGGCAUCUAUGAUUCCUCCGUGCCCUCCUCGGAGAUCUCUCUGCCUCUGAUGGAGGGGCUCUCUGCAGACCGGACGGAAACAUCAUCCCUAACGGAGAGCGUGUCCUCCUCCUCAGGCCUGGGUGAGGAGGAUCCUCCUAUCCUUCCAUCCAAGCUCCUUGCCUCUGGGGUGUGGAAAGCAGAACUUGGUUGCCUCAGCUACACUGAUGAACUCCACGCCGUCGCCCUUUUGUAGCAAAAUGGAAGAGCCUAAGCAUUGCCACUUUAGCUGCCGCCUCUGGCUCUCCAGCUCAUCUCUGUGGUUGCAUCACCUCCUUGGAGCUGAGUACUCAUGCAAGGGUAUUUAGGGUGAAAAUCUAGCCAGUACUUGGCCCCCAGCCCCAGCUAUCUUGGCAACGUCUCCAGUUUGCUAAAACCAUACACAGAGCCCUGAAAGGCACGUCUGUGAGGUCCAGGAGCAGCUUGCUCUGUUAGGUCAGUCCUUGCACCAGAGCCUAUUCUGGCAGGUAGGAGGAAACAGAAACAGGACAAUACCUGCCCUGAUCAUUCCGACUUUAUUGACCUCUGCAUACUUUGCCUGUUUACUGUUUGCUACUUUGGUUUGGAAUGCUGUGUGGAAAAAAUACUUGUAGUGUCAUUAUAGCCACAGAAAUUAAGUGCCAGUCUCGCUGGAAUCCAUGUGGUAUUAUAGAUGAUGUUCCUAUCUGGUUUCAGUGUGGAACUUAACAAUGCCACGGGUAUUAAAUAAGCCUUGAGUCAAAGGUCAAGAAAGUGACUGAUUAUUCAGUGUACCUUUCUGAAAAAUGAGUCUUUACAUGUUACCGGGUGACUUGGCUGGCUAAGGUGGGGGUCCCAGCAUUGUGACAAUGGUUACAUCCUGACCAUUCCAUCUCAGCUUUCUCUUGGUCUGAGUAGGCAGCAUGUCUGUCAAGUUUCCCUGGGUUACAUUUACUGUGCUGCAGCUCAUAUGAUGGUGUCUUAUUUUAAGAGACUGUUUCCCAGCUGCGCCGUAUUAUUCGAAGUUGAGUUCGUGCUUCAGUUGCCUUGGGGCCUAAACCUGUGUCCUGCAUAUUAGAGAUGAGAAUUCAUUGAAAUGCAGCAGUAUAUGGAGGUGGUGGCCAAUAAUCUGCUGAACCGGUUUUGACUGAUGACAGGCCUCUUUUUAAGAAGGUCGAAAGGAGAGAACUGCCAUAAAAGUAAAUGUUCUAUUUUUAUGAAUGACUUGUAAAAAAAAAAUCAAAUUUGUUUCCAAAGGGAAAACAUUUGUUCAUAUUCCAUUUGUUUAACACGUGUGUCGAGAUGUCUCAGUCUCCUAUGUGGAAGCCCUCGUCCUCCCUCUGCCCUGGAGCACGCAUGGGUAUCUUUCUCCUCCCUCCUUAAUGGAUGCUGUUGGGUUUUGGCAGCCUGUCUCCUCAGCAGUCAACCCAGGGACCUUAGUUUUUGGAAGAUGCUGAAAAACAUCCCAAGGUGGGGUGGGAGUGGGGAUGGGACUGGACUUUCCCUCCCGAUCACAGGCUGAGCAGGUGGAGAAGGGGAAAGCUUGCAGUCUUGCUGGAAAGAAGAGGUUUUGUGUGUAUUUUGGAUGCAAAUGCCCUACUCCCUGUUCUGUAAAGGCAGCUGGCAGCCUUUUGGGAGAAGAACGUGCUCGUCUGUUCUCUGGCAUCAAGUUUCCUGCAGCUGCUCUGAGGGAGCGACAGUGAGCUGGAAGCCUGUCUCCCCAUAAGACCAGGCAUGUUGGUAGAGGAGAGAUAGUCCAUGUUGUCACCAUGCUCUCCAGGACAAAGUGCAGAGCCCCUGUCCGUGUAAGACCAUCCUGUGCUUCCAGCCUUGUUAUACAUUCUGUGAAAGAGAUUGGUGGGUCUGAACUUGCUAACAUACAAAAAUUCACUCGAAACAUUAUCAGAGAUUUACAGAGUCUAAGAGAUGGUUUUGUGCCCCCAGAGGAACCAUUAGGGGCUGCUUUUAGCAUAGAUACUCGUCUUUUCAUGUGAAAUGAGACAUCUUUGAGAACAUGUCUCCAGAGACAGCCUGCAGGACUGGGAGGAGAGGAGCAUUAACUGAGUCCCAAGGGUCUGGGCUUACGGCAUGGAUUCCCUCGGAAGGGAAAUGGCAGGGACUGAGUUCUAAAGGUGAUGUUUCAGUUUGGACUUAGGGUUUGGAUUCUUAUUUUGAAGUAUUAGUGUGUCUAAUCAACAAACUCAAACUCUUAACAGGCCAAAUACUGAAAGUGCUGUAUGAUUCCCUAGCUCAGAAUGUGUUGCAUGUUAAGUCUGACCUCCUACUUUUGCUUCAUUAGUUGUGCUAUUUUCCCACACUCCCCAUUGUGCUGGGAGUGGGAGGAGUUGUCUUGGAGAUUAAGGCAAAACCUCUGUUCCAAGCAGAGCUCCGUAUUUUUACUCAGAAAAUGUCACAGACAGUGGAAAUGAUAAGAUGGAAUCCAGAAAAGGGUUCUGGUUUCUAGAUAUUGGGGAAGCAGCGAUUAGAUUAUAGCAGUGAUUUCAGUGGAAGGGCUUGAUCUGAGAGUAAACGUGUGGGUAAGUUUGAUGUUAUCCUCUGGAAAGGAAACCAGGGCUCCAGAAAACUAAGGCUGACGGCCCGGAGCUAGUUUUUCACCUUAAUUCAUCAAUAUUUCUGGGAAAGGAUUUAGCAUCUGACGCUGUCAGCUUUAUUGGGAGAGUGAUUGAGGUAGUGAAAGCCCAGAUGAGUGUGUGCUGUGCUCUGAGAAGUUGGCUGUAAGUAACAGACUUCCUUGGCGGGCCUGCCCACCCAUGUGGAAUGCAGGAGCUUGCUUUCCAGAGGUCUGAGACUUGGGGCUCGGAGGCACAUGGAUCUCCAGAAAGAAUAACAAGGCAUUGUAGUGCCGGCCCAGGUAUUUGGCUUCAGACUACACUAGGUAAUACAGUAUUUUGAGCCACAAGGAGAUUGGGCCAUAAUGGGAGUUCUGUUAACAUGUUAGUAUUAACCGAAGACAGUCCCAGAUCAUGUCUUUAGCAACGUGCUAUCAUUGGAAUGAGUGUAUAGUAGUAAGUUAUAGAUAUUUAAGGUCACAUAUGUUUGUCAAAGUUCAAUCUUGCUAUUCCAAGCAACACCAGUUUUUGGCUUUGUGUUUUACCGGCCCAUAGUUUCAGGUCCCCUGAUUUAUGUGCAACUAAACAGGAACGUAUUACAACAUUCCUCUAAAAAUGUAGAGUAAUGUGAUUUUGAGAGAUUUUUAUCCUUGCGUUGAAUAUUUUUUCUUUUAAAAGAAACAAAAAGGGAAAAAAGCUAUUUUAUUCUUGAUGAAGAAAUGACACACACUUCCUCCCAAAAGAAAGAAAAUCCUGCAGCCCCUAGCACCCCAACCUUCUCAAGAAGAGAGAAUCACACUGUCUUUAUUGGAGAAGUGGGCAAUGCCAGUGUGAAGAUCACUAGGUUUUUCUGGUGCUCUGUUUAGCAGAUCCUGUGCCUUCAGGGGCCACCAAGCAUAAGGGAAGCAGCUGUGUGGUGACAAAUGGCUGCGUCUCUCCUCAUCGUCAGGGACGAUCAGGCACAGUGAGCCCAUGGCAGACCCAAGAGUGCCUGUGUGUCUCACAGGUGGCAGCUGCUACAGCCAGCAUAGCCAGACAUUUCCUGAUACACCCAUUUCUCAGGAGAAGCUGAAAAUUUCUUUUUAUUUUAUAUAUUAGCAACUAAAAUUUUAAAGUAUUUAAAGUGAAUUCAGGACCAACAGAACACAUAGAUGGACCUAAUUUGGCCCACUGGUUGCCAGUUUGUGAUUUCUGCUUUAAAAGAUUUGAAGCCAACCUCCAAUAAUUAACAAAUGUUGGCUGCCAUCAGGAAAUGCUGUUGCUAAAUGCAGCCAGUAGCUGGAUUCUUUCUCUCCUUCAAAGAAAUUUCAUGGGAUUCUGAAAUGCAUUUGGAAUGUUUUGAUUGCUUCCCUUACACUUUGUAAUGUCUUUUAAAAAUUUUUAUUUUUAUCACUACAUGUUUGCAAUACAUAAAAGAAAGACAAGUUAUGUGCUAAUUUCUAAGACAGAUUUAUAUUCUUCCAAUAUAAAAAAUACAAUGCUUAGAACAAUUUCUUUUUUUUCUUUUUUAAGAAUUUCAUUUAAACUCUACAACCUGUAGUCCAGGGCCUUAUUUAUCGGUUAGCUCUCAACAUAAUUUUUUUAAUAGAUGGCAUGUAAUUUUGAGCUUAGGCCAAGACCUAUCUAGGAAAAGAGGCAUUUUGGAAAAUGAAGCAGAAAAUCUAGUUCUAGUAGGCUCAGGAGUCUACAUUAUCUUCUCUUAAAUGACCUGUGAGUUGUGUUUUGGAGGUGAGAGGCAGUAGACACAAGUCCGAUGCUGAAAUAUGAGGAGUCCCCACGGGUGUUGGGUCACUGUUGCCAUAUCACCUGUCCAGGCCCACAGUGAGAAUAAAUAAAAGGAAGUCAGACUGUAAGCCAAUAGCUUUGACCCGAUUUCAGAAUGCGGGGCUAGCAUGUUCCUUCCUUGGUGUCAAGGAACUGUGCCUGAAAUUAGCCCAGACGUGUGGCUGUGGGUGAGGGUCUGGAUUUUCAGUGAAGAAGAUUUUGUAACCUACCCUGCUGAUCAGAUAGUUCUUUGUGUAUCCUCCUUCUAGAAAUUCAAACCAGCUUUCUUUUGUUCAGGGUGUAGUGGAGAAAGAACAGCUGGUCACCUCCUGUGUAUUUGAAAAUCACGGUGAAGUCAUCCCCCUGGAGUUUUUAUUUCAGUGGUAAAUAAUCCCACCCACUUAACUGUUCUUCACAGCCCCUAUUUUCCAGUGGCUUAAUGAUUUUCACUGCUCUGUUGUUUCUCAGCUUCACACUCGUUUAGGUGCCCAAACAAAACCAUUGGUGCCUUAUGCACUUUGGUGCCUUGUAACUGCUAAGCUCAGGGUAGGGUUACUGGGAGAUUCCUAUGUGCCUGGCUUCUCUUACUAGGUGGAAGCAAAGUGGUACUUCUUAAAAAUGUUGUGUCACUUAGAGUCCUUGUGAGAAGCCACACGUUGCUCCACCCCACCUUGGUGAUUGUCCUCUGUCCUAUCUUGUGCUUUAUUUUCCCUGCAGAGGGCAAACACGUGGUGCUUACUUCUGAUGUGUUUAAUGUCAUUCUGAAGCUUCAGGAUACUCGAGACCAGCUCUACCGUCUGAGUGGCAGCUACCCCACCCUUACAAGUUUGGAUUCUGUAUCUCCAUAUCUAGAGACAUGUAAAGUUUUUGAGACUUUGGAUAUUGUUACUUCAGUGUAACCACUGGAGAAGGGACAGCAGCAGUUGCCAAGUGCCACCUUCCUGAUGCUGUUCGGGGGCUAACUUGCAAAUGUGUUUGAAUCCCCCAGUGAGGACCUUGGGCGGCUUUGGCCAGUUGUCUCCUGCCUACCCUUUGGUUCCUCCCCAAGGUUCAUCUGGGACCAUAGACACCGCAAGAAGACCUUUCCAUGUUCUAAAGGGCUGGAGCCAUGGCUCUCAGGUGGCCAGGUGCUGUCCUCCGCACAAUCAAGUCUGCCAGUGCACACAUCCAUGCCUGACGUUUACACCAUGGAAAAUUUCAGUCACGAAGAUUCCAAGGAGCAGUCCUGCCAGAUGUAGUCAAAAGUAACUGCUCCCAUAGUUAGGCCAAAAGUUCCACUGGAUGUCAUUAAUGUGUUUAUCUGUUAUAAAAAAAUUCUGUUGUUGUUUUUUGGUGUAUUUUUUUCCUCCACAAGUCUGGACAGCAGCAAAAGUUUCUGUAAAAACCAAAUGUGUUCAUUUUGAGAAUAAGUAACUUAGGUUUUCACUAUUAAAAAAGAAAAGUUUCACUGUGGAAGGUCCCUGUUUUCCAUCUUAGGGGGAAAGCCCCUGGAGCACAAUGGUUAUCGGUGUCAUUGUUUUUGUUUCUCGUCUCUAAAUUUGUCCUUUGUGGGAUUUGGUGGAAUAGUGAGCACUGACAGACUAUAGCAGUGUGCUGUAUUUUUACAUUGGAAAUGUUAGUAACAUACGAUUUGUGCAUAACUCUGUAAAUAGAGGAUAGUAAACCACAGCUGACGUUUGCAAAAUGUUUUUGUACUUUAGAAUUUCUGUAUCAAAUAAAAUGUUUUAAGACUCUCA